AUGCAGUACGUCGUUGAUGGCAACUGGCAAUUCAACCCCAACGAGCCCCACGAGACCGAUGCUUCGGGCAACGUCAACAACGUCUUCACCGGUCAGUAGCUUCACUCGGUACCUAUCUUCCCUCAAAUCCAGACUUUGAUGCUCACUUCAAUAACCGCUCGAACCUCAUCAGCUCCCGCCGCACCCGCUGUCGUCGAGACCCCUGCGGCAGCACAAACCGAGGCCGUUGUGAUCCCCCUCAACGAAGUGAGCCAGCAACAACCCGUCUUGCCCGUCCCCGCUUCCAUCAACGAGACGCCUUCGACCGUCGACUCUGUCGCUCAACCCACCCCCGUUGCCGCUGUCGUCGUCGAGACUCCUGCCGCCGCCCCUGCUGCGACCGAGGAGUCCAAGAAGACGGAGGAGAAGCCCGACUUGGUUUCGGCUGCUAGUGAGUUCGGGCUGCUGAUGCCCAUAAGAGAAUCUCUUUUGACCGUGUCUUUGAUCGCAAUCUUUCCAGCCGCUGGUGUUGCCGCGAUCGCUCUCGGUGCCGCUGGAUUGGCCGGUGCCGCCAUCCACAAGGUCACUGGCUCGGACCCCGUCGGAAUCGACCCCACCCCUAACAAGAACCUUGCGACCACGACCGAGGUCCCGGCUGAACCCAUUCACACCCCUGCGACUGCUCCCCCUACCACGAGCUUGCCGACCGUCCCGAGCGCUGCGACCGUUUCGACCGCGGUCGAGAAGAACGAGCACGUCAAGACCGAGUCGGACGUCAAGCCCGUUGUGGCCGUUGCCGGUGUGGGAGCUGGCGCUGCUGCGGGUGCUGGAACGGCCGCUUUGGCGACCAACGAGGGCGACACAGCCGGUGUCCACACAGCCGAAUCGUCGACUUUCCAACAAGGCGAGAAGUACUUGAGUGGGUCCCUUUUGGUGUCUACAAUCGGAGUCUUCAAGGGGUGGCAGACUAAGUAAACAUCUUCCUAUUUCGGUGGCUCACAGAGAGCUUCGCUGCCAAGCAUGGCAAGGAGAAGGAAUUGCACGACAUUGCCGUCAAGGCCGAUGGAUAUCUCGCCCAGGCCAAGGCCGAAGGCAGCAAGCGAUUCACCGAAGGCGAGAAGAUGGCCGGUGAUGCUUACGAGAAGGUCGCGGCGACGUCGUUCGGCGCUUCGACGAUGCACGCCCUCGGACUCGACAAGAAGGCUUCGACGCCUUCGACGACGACCUCGCCCGCAGCUUUGCCCAAGGUCGAGGCCGUUCCGGACCCCGCUGCUCCCGGUAACAAGCUGUUGAACCAGACCCUCGGCUCCACGACGGCCGUCACCGAUCCCGCUGCUCCCAAGGUCGCGGUUGCACCGACACCCGCCCCUGCUGCCGCUUCGCUUCCCCCUGCGAGCCCCGCUUCCAAAAGCGAUGGGUACUCGACCGCCCCUUCGACGCCGCUCAAGUCCGCACCCGCCACCCCGUCCAAGGGUCAAUCUGGAUUGGGCCACGGUGAUGCCCCCGGUACGCCUUCGUCGACGGCGUCCAAGACGCGCAACCCGAGUUUCUUGAAGAGAUUGUUGGGCGGGUCCAAGUCGUCGCCCAAGGCCGAGAAGUAA